UCUCGGGUCGGCGCGGCCAUGGCUCUGCGGCUGCUGGUCAGAGCGCCCAGGGCAGCGAGGGCAUCACUGCUUUGCAGCUCUCUGAGGAGCACCAGCUCUAAGACAGGAGGAAGAUCUGAAUCUGCUAAGCAGCCGCUCAGGAAACCGAAGCUCCCAGUAGGGCGAUUUGAUGAACCAGAGGAGUCCAGUGUAGAGAGGGAACCCCUGGAAAAAUUCCCUGAUGGAAUCAAUCCUGUUACAAAAGAGAGAGGUGGACCAAAAGGCCCUGAGCCUACGCGGUAUGGAGACUGGGAGAGGAAAGGUCGCUGUAUAGAUUUUUAGUGUGUAAAUCUGUCUGUAUUGCUGAUGAAAUGUUUCUAGUUGUUGAACAAUAAAAUGUACA